AUGGAGAACAACCCUCCUCCAGCCGCUGCUCAUAAUGGAAAUGAGCAGCCCAACCAAAACCAAGCUCCUAUCCAUCCUCCAAGACAACCUCGAGUCAUUGGAGCCUUUGAUCAGCCGAACAUUCAUGGGAACCGCCAAGGAAUCAGAGCACCCGCUGUUGAGAAAAACAACUACGAAAUCAAGUCUAGUCUUAUCAACAUGGUGCAAAGCUCAAAGUUCCAUUGUCUGCCUAUGGAAGACCCUAUUGAUCACUUGGAUCAGUUUGAUAUGAUGUGUGGGACAGUGAAAAUCAAUGGAAUCUCGGAAGAUGCAUUCAAACUCCGCCUCUUUCCGUUUUCUCUUGGAGAUAGAGCUAGGACAUGGGAGAAGAACCUACCAGUAGGAUCCUUUACUUCGUGGGAUAAAUGCAAGAGAGCCUUCCUCUCCAAGUUCUUCUCAACUACAAGAACAGCAAGGUUGAGAAAUGAGAUAUCAAGCUUUGCACAAAAGGGAAAUGAGAGUUUUUGUGAAGCAUGGGAGAGAUUCAAGGGCUAUACUAUGCAAUGUCCUCAUCAUGGUUUCUCCAAGGAGUCUCUUCUUAGCACAUUGUACAGAGGAGUGCUACCAGAGAUAAGAAUGUUGCUUGAGCCAGCAAGUAAUGGAAACUUCCUUGGUCAAGAUGUUGAUGUUGCUAUGACUUUGGUGGAGAAUCUUGCUCAAAGUGAUGGUAACUAUGUGGAGGAUUAUGAUAUAACACCACGAGAUCACCCUGAUAUGAAUGAGCAUCACCGCAAGGAGAUCAAAGCAUUGAAUGAGAAGAUGGAUAAGAUGAUUCUUGCCACUCAAAAGCCAGUCCAUUUUGUUACCGAAAGUGAUGUGUAUCAAGGAUAUCAAGAGGGAAUGGAAGCUUGUGUUGAGGGACAAGAAGAGGUCAACUAUGUGGGUGGACAAGGCUAUAACAAGUUCAAUCCUAAUUACCGCAACCACCCAAACCUCUCUUACCGCAGCACCAAUGUGGAGAACCCACAAGAUCAGUCUUAUUCACCCCAAAAACCACCUGGUUUCCCUUCCCAACCCAACUAUUAG